AUGACCUCAGACGACGACUACCAAAUCUUGAACAAGCCCCGUACCUUCUUCAAAACUGGCCGCAUCUUCUUGGUCCGCGAAGGCAACAUCACACGCCAAACCUUGGUCGUCGUGGCCUCGCGCAACAACCACUGCGUAUGCCUGCCCAUUGAGACCUUCCGACCCGCCGCUCCCCUCAACACAUCCAGUCACGCACCCGUAUCGCUCGAUGGUCAAGGUGUGCAGAUGCACCCGCAAGAGCGGCAGUAUGGCCUGGGAACGAUAGGGGUGGUUGUUGAAAACAGAGGCGUAGCGAUGAGCCCCUUGUCAAGGAUCGCGUUUACGGAGGCCAUGACGGUCGAGUAUAAGACCGCGGUUAGGAAUGUGGGGAGAGUUAAGGUUGGGAUGGUCGAUGACGAAAGUUUGGCGAAGUUGAAUCAGUAUUAUCAGACGUUGGUUCAGUAAAAAGGAGAUGAUUCAUGGAGACGUAUGACCGCUGGAGGAGUGUUUGGAAUUGUAUGAAUAGGACAAGAAUUAAAGGAAGGUCGCUGGCUGUCCAUUGAGCAGUUCCAAUCUAUUUCUCACAUUAUGUGCCCC